AUGCCGUCCGUUGCCAUCUAUGCCUAUGUCUUGGUGUAUGCGUAUGCCCUGCGAUUAGAAGAGGAUGUUGAUACCUUGGACGGGCUUUGGGCAAAUGAGUCGCACGCUUUCGGGCGAGAUGACGACACGUUCAGGCGAGAUGAGGCCAGCCCUGCGGGGAGCAAUUGGAGUCCAGCAUUGGUGGGCGAGCAGCUGUCUGCGGAGCAAGUGGAAGAUGAACUGCACAAAUUCUUGGAGAUCAAGUGCAAUAGGAGGUCUCACAAUGAGUGGAAGAAGUGGCUCAAGGACAUCGGCACAGAGAAGGCUGACAAGAAGAAGAAGAAGAAGUCGUUUGAGAAACAUGCUGAUUUCCUGAACAUUGCUUGGAAGAGUCGGAAGUCCAACGAACCAGAUGCCUGCAACCAACAGCUGGGUGGUUUGCUUGCGAACCUCACGAAUGCUUGCAAGAAGAAAAAAGUCGAAGGCUUUAAGGGCAAGCAGAAGAGCUGUGGAGAAAGUGUUGAAGAUAUCUUCCUUCAUGGAGAAACUCUGGUUCGGAUUUUUCAGACGCCUGAUAAAGACCAUUUGAGAAAGCUAAAAAUCCACGUGGGCAAACUGAAGCCAAUGCAGCAAAGUUUGGAGUUUGUAAAGUUCUGGAUCACAGACCUGACCACUGCGGAGAAAGCUGCGAUCCUUUGGGCUGGAUUUUGGACAGAUGCCUCCGACCCGGAAGGCCACAAGAGUCGGACUUCGAAAGAACGUCUGUUUGACUUCGCAGAUCGAAUAGAGACCCAGACGGUACACCCCUCCACUCACCUGGGGAGGAUGGCAGAGGAGAAUGGCAACUUGGCCAAUUGCCAAAGCCCCAUAGCCAACGAUCUGAAGAGCAACAUGUGGAGUUUUUUCAGUUUCUCCUUCGUUUACAGCAUGAGGAAGAAGAACCAGGACAUGGUCGUGGCCUUGGUGCACAAGGAAAUGGAUGGAGCACGGGCAUUGAGCGAGUCCAUCCUGUUCAACUACGAGGUGCCAUCGCUGGGCGUUGCAGCUUGGGGACUGGGUUUUUGGUCUCCACAGGUGCUUCUCAUUGAUCUUUUGGGCACGUGCAGCCAAACGAGCCCGGCACUGCGGGAACAGUUAUUCUCUCAGUUGCCCUCAUGGUAUGAAAGCGCCAAGAAUAUGGACGGUUUCCAUGGAUGGCACAAAAACACAUAUCCUCGGCGUUCAAGAUUGUCCUGGACUUGCUUGGACUGUCCACAUGCCAGCUGUCAUUUGGACGAGCAUCUUGCAAACCAAGUGAAGCAGCUACUGCAAGUCAAGCGCCAGCAAGAUGACAAAGACACCAAGUUGAUCGAAGCUGCUAAGGAAGGCAGGGCCCAUGCAGUGGAGGAUCUAUUGGAGAAUGGAGCCGAAGUAAACUGCCAGGACAAGAAAGGCAACACACCUUUGUGGUACGCCGUGAUCAACCGUCAUGCGGUCAUGGCCCAGUUGCUGUUGAAGCACGGUGCGUUCAUCGAUGCCAUGAAUGAGGGCGGCAAAACUCCACUUUGGGAGGCAUUGACAGGAGGUGAUGAUGACUUGAAGCAGCUCAUGAAACGCGUGGCACAAGCCUACGCGCCUUCUGUUCAGACAAUCUCGCUUCCAAAGGGGACUGAUGAGAUGCUGAAGGUGCUCGCGAAGCAUGUGACGGAUGCCUCCAAGGAGUGGAGGGGCUGUGCUGGAGCCAUCGCGCAGCUCGCAAAGUUAUGGGGAUAUGAACCCAAAAGCAUACCUGAGUGCUGGAAAGCAAAGGAGACCCUGGAAAUUCUGCAUGUUGACAAAGGCUUCGAUGUGACGUGCCAAAAUGGAUCCAUCGUGAUGAUGGGAAUCAAAAGAGCAUCGCAAGCAAGAGCACAAGUGAGACUUUCAGAUUUGAACGCUCCAAUCCGUGACCUCCAGCGAUUACGUGCGCUUGUGUUAGAUGGCUCCCAUAUCACUGGACGCUUACAGGAGCUGAAGGAUUGGGACCUCUUCGACCGCUUGGAGCGUUUGCACAUGCGAUGGUGCAACAUUGAUGGUGAGUUGAAGCACUUCAACAACUUCACAAACUUGAAGUACUUGAAGUUGUCUGGACACAAGAUUCAGGGGUCUUUGGAACAGCUGGAGGAGGAUUUCUGGAAAAACAUCAUCAUCUUGGACUUGAGAAGCACUUCUGUGACUGGAGAUGUAUCUAGUGAAAAUUUGAAGGCUUCGAAGUUGAAGGGCUUGUGGUUGCAGAAUACCAACAUCACAGGAGAUGUCAUGAACAUUUUGUCGCAGAGUCCUGACAUGAAGUACCUUCAUCUCCAAAAAACCCAGGUGCACGGGUACAUGGUCCAUCCACGAGAUUUCAAGAAAGACGUGAAUCGAAGGCUUGUUCCAACUGCCAAGACUGAAGCUCAAGAUUCGGAACUUCAGGAAGUUCUUGCAGGACAAAAGCUCUUGGAGUUGGUGCUUUACAACACCGCCGUCCAAUUCGACAUCAAGCCACCUUUUGACCAGGCUCCCUUCCCCGAGCUGGCCAAGUUGGAUGUCACAGGGUGCAACCUCUCGAUGGAUGUGUGGGAUUUCCUUUUUCCUUUUGCCAAUACAAGCUAUAAGUUGGCAGAGGUGAGAGCAGCAAAAUGCGACCUGUACGGGACAGUGGAAGGAGUAUUUGCAGCGAAGAAUCGCCCCAUGAGAUGGCAAGUCAGUGUUCUUGACCUUUCGCAAAACAACAUCACCAGGCUUUUGGGCAAGCCACGCCCUUGUUGGGUUGACCUCAGCAACAACAGCAACCUCAACGAGAUCAAUCCCGAUUAUUUCAAGGAUACUACGUUUCUGGACAUUCGAAAUACAUCCUACAAUGGAGAUGAAGAGGAAACACAGCCUCGCGCUCCGGUGAUUUGCCUCGUGACAAUGGGUGCAUUGCUGCUGGCAGGACUUUCUUUAUGGAAAUAUGUAUGGCGCCCACCAGAAAGGAACACUGCAACAGAGCAGGGUAAACGGCUCUUGGAGUUGUUAGAGCAGCUCUUGCUUGUCUUGAGCUAUUGUCAGCUUUUGUACGCCAUCCUUUCCGUGCACUGGCGAGCAUCAACAAAUGAAGGUGAACAGAACGAGGGAGUGAAGUUCUCUAUCGUGGAGUUGGUACUGUUUGAUUUUGGAUGGUUAGUGGAUGUGCUUUCUGUUCAAUGCCUACUUGGAUACAAAGAUGGCCGUAACUUCGAAGUGCUGGUGUCCAUUUUUGCCUUGCCGGCGCUUGGUGUGGCUGCCUUGAUUCUUGGUCUGUGCAAAUGGCGUAGUCCAUUUUAUGGAUUGAAGUAUGCCAUUGCCAUCACAUCCAUCGCAUUUCAAACCGCCAUUCUGCGCACCAUUGAGAACCAGUUCUUGUGCCAAGCGCGGAGCAAGAUGGGAUUCUUGUUGGAAGAGGGAGCCUUCUUACGCCCGAGGCCCUUCAUUGCUUGCGGGGUCUCCAAUGUCAUAGAUCCCCUCAGGUACCGGCUUUGUGCUGCUCUUGCCAUCAACGGAGCCUUGAUCCCCGGUGGCCUUUGCCUGCUGGGCGUUUACAUCACUCGUCAGAUCCAAGGAGUCCAAGGUCUUCUAUCUUCGAUCAACCCAGUGAUUCAGUGUGACGCUUCCAACCCAGAUACAGUGACUUUGCACUUUGCCACCGUCCAAGUUGCAGCUGAGAAGCUUCCUUUGAGCAGAGAAGACUUGGGAGUUUAUGUGGAUCUCCCAAGUCAAGCCAUGUGGAUCCAUGCUGCGGCCUACGUGGUUUGCAUCGCCGAGUCGAUCGGCAGCACGCAUUUGGAGGUUGUGGAGGCCGACUUCAGCACGAAGGUGCCAGAGGCGGAAGUGAAGAAAAAGUCUUUGGACGUCUUGAAAUUGAAGUUGACAAAGGAUGCCCACUUCAAGGAAUUCAGCGGAAAGUCGCAACAGAUUGUUCUGCAAGAAGCUCGAGCACAUGCGCAGAGACUCAGCAAGAGAUUGCUGUACCGAGCCAUUGCCAAGCGAGUGACAACUGGGCCUAUUUGGGUUGGCGUCCGGAAUUCCUUUCACCGAUUUGCAGACAAGGACCCUCUGAUCUGCGAGGGUUUGCAGAAGUUUUUCUUGCUAGCUAUGGCCCGAAUGUGUGCUGGAGCAGAGGAUCCCGUAGACCAAAUGCAUUGGAUCGCGGCGGCCUUGGCCGCCACCACUUCCGGCAUCGUCAUCGCCAAGCCUUUUGGAAGCAAAUCUCGUAAUGAUUUGGCCACCGUUUGCUUUGGAGCUUUGUCUUGCACGGCAGGGCUUCUUUGCAUCAAUGGUUUUUCAGUGCUCCAGUUCGUGCCCAGUGUGGUGGUUGCCCUGUUCUUUCUCCAUUUGCAACUGAUGCCCGGUGACAUAAUGCUACAGACCCACUGGCUUCAAGCAGAGAUGAGAGAACAGCUGGGCGUCAGUGAAGAUCAGCCUGACGAGAUGAAAGACACCAAGGAGGACAACGAGAACGGGAAGACGAGAGACCACAAGGAGAGAAUGCCCACAGAGUUGCCUCUUGAGCUGCCCCUGCAGACCAGCGAAUGGAAUGCCGGGUGUCCUGCGUGGUGCUCGGAACUCGUCAUGCAGUAUCGUGGCUUGACAAGGGCAGUAUGGCACCGAAGAAGAUCCUCCAGCCUGGCUCUACUCGACCCAGGAAAUCAUCCUGACUCAAGUGAGCAGGCUGAACGCAUCCGAAACGGGCGUUCCUGA